AAUAAAAGGACGAUAAAAAGAGCCGGAGUUCGAAAGCUUCUUGUCACGUGACGCUGCUCGGUCCCCGCCCCCUCACUCUUUCCACCUGCAGCGCUCGUUUUCUCUCUCCUAGGCAAUAAGGACGCGGCGGUUCUGCGCCUGCGCGGACGCAACCAUCAUGGGAGAAAUGGGGGAAGUGGUGGACGCUGAGGGGGCUAUUCUCGAAUUGGAGCAGGAAAAGGAGAUGAAAGAGCCCCAAACUCUGGGCUGCAGGAUGAACUCCACGGUGUCUUUCCAACAAGAGGGGAGCAGUUGUCUGCUGAACAGAGAAAUGCUAGAACUGUCAGUGUUUGAAAUGAAAAAUACAGUAGCACAGCUGGAAAAAAGACUCACCAGUGUUGAGGAUGAAGACAAUGAAUGGAAAACCAGAUAUGAAACACAAAUAGAAUUGAACAGACAGUUGGAAAGACAGAUUGGACUUCUCCAAGGAAAGAUGGAGCAAAUUCGUGGCAGCCCAACCGACAGACUGGCUUCUAUUCGCACCUUUGAUCAAAUGCACAUGUUCUCCAGAUGUUUAGAACUACAAUUCCUGUUACCGCCGUCACCACCAUUGCUGGAAUGGCUGCAGCUGAAGAGGAUUGUAAUCCAAACCACCUGGAUGCAGGAGAGGAAGGCUAUAAUAAGGAAAAUGUUUAGGUAUCAUGGGGAUGAGCAUAUUGGAGUCAUCAUGGAAUAUUUUAUGAUAAUGAAGAUGCUUGGAUGAUGAAUGAGGAAAGAAAUUAGAUUUAAAAGGCACAAUUGCUGUGAAAGGUCAGGUCAUUACUGUUUGUUCUGCUGGGGAUACAGCUUUCUCAAAGUUCCUUUUGGCUCUGUGCCUUUUAUAGUCCACUCUUACCUGAACAUACUGAUUUUUCUGAGAAUAUUCUUUUGCCAUGGCUUCUUCCUGAAUGGAGCGAUGGAGCAGAAUUGACAAGCAUGGUUAGAGACAAUAGGAUACAACAGAUAGACAUAACAGAAUGGGCAACUGUAUUUGUGCCUGUUAAAAUUGAUUAUUGAGACUGCACUCUAAUAUCAAGGGCAUCUAAAUGGCAUUCCUCUAGUGAGUGAGCUCUAUUUAAUUGGCAAGUUCUUUUGUAUAUUAUAUGCCUUAUUUUAUAAUUAUAAAGCAAUCUAAAUGCACUCCCUUUGAAGCAUGCUUUACUGCAUUGUGAAAUUUGCUUUCUGCAAAAUUAGCCAACCAGUGUCCUUUCAUUAAAAAAAGAUUGCAGGAAAUCUAUUCAGCAAUUAAUUUUCUACAUUAGCAGGAGGAACUUUCAUCUUUUUCUCUCAGAAUGUUGCCUUCAUCAAAGCAACCUAAUAGAGAGAGCCUGGUAUGCAAAUACACUGAUGAAUACUGUUGAGCUUCAGCUCCGCAGCAUUCUUGUUGAAAAUAGCUACAGGUGUAUCAGUUAAAUUAUAGUUGAGAUGUCCUGUUCUUUGUAAGACUAGAUCCCACACCAUGUUUGAUACGGGGAAGCUACUGCAGGUGGGUUCCAAAUGAAGGGGAAUGGCUCAGGUUACUAUAUGGUUGAGAUGUUUCUAGUUUUUGAGUUUGCUUGUUUCCUAGUUAGGAAAGAACUAAUUAUGACCACAGUAAUUUGCAUAUCUCACAGUGGGUUAUGAAGACAUCAAAAUAGUGAAAAGAUUUUCUGUACCUUGGCACAGUCAUAAAUUCAGAUGGAAAGUGUAGUCAAAAUAUCAGAAGAAUAAUAAUAAUAAAUAAAAACUU